GAGUCCUUUGGAUAUAACAGUGAGCAAUAUAAUGAGUUUCUAUCCAAUAUAACUGUAAUCAUGUGAAAUAUUUCAGAUGCCCUAUAACGAAAACUAUGCAUUGGAGCAGGCCGAGGCGCAGCGUGUGAAGCGCCAGUUAAAUAUCCAGGGAGGUGGCAGUCCAGGCAAAGGUCUUGAUUUGAGUGUCCAUGCGCGUGUCCCAGUUUGGCAGAGUGGCAGUGGUCGUCAUUCCUUCGAUGCAACAGGCCAAUAUGCUCAGCAUCUGGGUGGUCGCUAUGGAAAUAGUCCGCCGAAUUGGGGUGUUGGUGGGGUUUAUACUUUUAGAUUUUAAAAAAGUGCUUAGGCAUU